GGCCAUUUUUGCUCACUCGCGCCAGCCAUUUGGAAUGGCGUUGGUGCAAGCGGGACAACCGCAUGGAAAGUGAAUAACGUUUGCUUUUCCCUCUUGAGAAAUGAAAAAUUGCCCGUGAGCCCCGCGAGAGUGUGUUGCAUGUUGCGAAGGAGUGUCAAAAGGCGAGUGCAAGUGUGAGAGGCACACAAUAGGGCACAUCCAAAGAGAUUUUUCUUUCGGCCAGCAAUAGUGCGAGUUCCCACCUUGGAAGUCCUCUUUCACCCGUUUUUUCCACACGUACCCCGUGCUUUAGUGCAAAAGUUAAUUGUCGGUGUAUCCGUGGGUAAUUGGGUGAGGCAAUUUGGGUGGCAUUGAGGGUGAUUUGGGUGGAAAACUUUGGAUUUCUCUCCUCGGGUGUUGUAAAAGUGUCGUUUGUGUUUAUUUGAAAUGGCUGCCACGAGUGUGGUUGUUCUGGAUAGGGGAAAUAAUACGACUUGCACCAUUAAUUUACAUGGGGCAACUGUGGUGUCUUGGCGGGUGAACAAUCAGGAACAAUUGUUCGUAAGCAAAUUGGCGGUUUUCGAUGGCAAAAAAGCAAUUAGAGGAGGAAUUCCAUUUGUAUUUCCACAAUUUGGUCAGUGGACUUUUGGGCCACAGCAUGGAUUUGCCAGGAUCACGCGAUGGGCACUCGAGAGGGCGCCCGAAAGACUCCCCACAGGCGAUGUUGAGGCUGUUUUUAGUCUCAUGGACAACGAAUUCACACGAUCAAUGUGGAAUUAUCCCUUCCGGAUCACUUAUCGUUUGAUUUUGCGCGAGAAGGAACUUCAUUUCCACAUUGGGGUCUACAAUCCAAGCAAAGAUCUCACCUUCUCGUUCAAUAUGCUCCUGCACACGUACUUGAAGGUGCCAGAUGUGCGACGUUGCCAAAUAACUGGUCUCCAUGGUUGUACAUUUAUCGAUAAGACACGUGAUAAUGCCAUUUACCAGGAAGGACGCGACGUGGUGACCAUCAAUGAGUGGACAGAUCGCAUUUAUCAGCACACACCGCAGGAGCACAUUAUAACGAAUGUGGUAUCCGGAAGGAAGAUGCGUGUGCAGAAAUACAAUUUCCCCGAUACAGUUAUCUGGAAUCCGUGGAUGGAGAAGGCGCGUGAGACUCCGGAUUUUGGGGAUGAUGAAUAUCCGAAUAUGCUGUGCGUAGAGUCUGGGCAUGUUUCCAGUCCCGUGAUCUUACUACCGGGCACCGCAUUCGAAGCCAGUCAAGUACUCCAGGUGAGUUUUGUAAAUGGCGUCUCGGGAAAACGACGCAGCAAAAAGAAUCAGAAUGCAAACAACGUGGACUUCAGGUAAUCUUCCUGGCAGCAACAAUUAUAUCUUCCUGAAAUCCUCUCGUGGCAAUUUUCACAGUGAAUUCCCUUUUUUUUGAUUUCCUUCUUCGUUUUCUUUUCAAAUUGAGAGGAUUUCCCGCCACUUGCACUGAAUGACAAGUGUUAUCUGUCAAUGUCAAAAUUAUGACAGAAGAGCAAUUAAUUGUUUACUUAAACUUUGCAUUUUUACAACACAAAAAAAUCUGUAAUAAAAAUCUUUUUAAGGAUUCCAAAAUGGACAUUUAAGUGGAUUUCUUUAAUGUAAAUAAAAUAUUUUUAGGGAAUAUUUUUUAAAGAAAAAAAAAUGGCUUAAAUAUAAAUAAAUUAGUUUCUGUGGUAAGUUAUAAUUUUGUUAAGUUUUUUUUUUUCUCCAACUACUUUUUUCCUCAUUUUUAUUUACCACAAUUAUUUAGAAACUUUAUUUCUCGUAGUUUUUUUUUAUAAUUUUUAUUUUGUUGUAAAUAAUGGAAAUGAGAAUUUCUUUCUCUAUACGAUAUACAGAAUUUUUUAAAAGAAAGAAUUAAAUGAGAAAUUUUUUGAAUAAAAAUUAAAAAAAAAACUUACAUAAAUGUACUAUAAUUAAAAAAAAAAAUAAUAAUAAUGGUGAAAAAUAUAAUAAUAAUGGUGAAAAAAAUACAAUGAAUAUUGAAAAAUUUUCUGUCCAAUGUAUACGAUUAGUGAGUUAUAAAAAAAAGAAAUCAAUUAAUACGAAAAAAGGGAGAUAAUACUACGAAGGAAGUAAAUUAAGUAAAUGUCUAGAAUGGUGAAAAGAUGGAAAAUAAGAGGCUGUAAGUGCGGAAAAUUUGUUGACACAACACAUUAAGAAUUUUUUUUUUGUAAAAGGUAUCGUCAUUCCAAAGAAUUUUAUUUAGCAUUGAUAUUAAUUCUCUUGAGCCCCACGAUUUUUCUGCUUUUCAUACGACCUCUGCGGGAUAUUUUUCUUCCAUAUUUAAAAUAAUAAAUAAUUAUCAGUUUUGUUCCCAGGAAAAAUUUUUGAUAUUGAUCUUAAGAUGGAAGAUUUUUUUAAAAUAUAUUUUUGGGGAUUUAUUUUAGUGCUACAGGUUUUUAUUAUUUGUUGCUCAGUGAUUAAACGUUCCAUGUCCUUUAUUGAUUUUCUUAUUAUAUGUAGAAUUUUCAAAGGAAUUGAGGGAAAUAUAGAGUGGCUGCAGAAGCCACAUGACGCAGAUUUUUCUCAAAAAUAUCUAAAUGUAGCAAUAAAUUUUUGAUCAUAAGACGCGCCAAUUCAUGAUAAACUGUAUUUCAUUAUAUAGAAAUGAUGGUGCAAUAAUAAAAUUUAUGAAAAUUUCGGCA